CGCGGAGGCAACUUUUCUCCGUGCCCGCGGGCGCGGAGGGGAGCGGGGGGACGCCUCCCCGCCCGUUCUAUCUCUCCCUCAUCUCCCGGGGCUGUUUUUUCCUCUUUCCCCCGCCCCCCGUGGUGCCGCCGAGCUGAGCCCAGGCGUGCCCGGAGCCGCGGCCGAAGCGGCGGACAAAGGCGCGGUGGGUGCGCGCCGAGGGCAGCGCUGUCCCCGUCCCCCGGGGCUCCCCCUCCUUCUGCCCGCUCCUCCCCAGCCAUUUUAACUCGGGCCGAUCCGGGUGGCGGCAACUUCACUCGGAGGCAAAACUCGGGCGGGGUCCUCUGCCCUCACCUCCAGGAAGCCGCGCUGCCGUGAGGAUGCCGCAGCUGCCGGGGGCCGGGGGCGGUGGGGGGGACCCGGAGCUCUGCGCUACCGACGAGAUGAUCCCCUUCAAGGACGAGGGGGACCCCCAGAAGGAAAAGAUCUUCGCCGAGAUCAGCCACCCCGAGGAGGAGGGCGACCUGGCCGACAUCAAGUCCUCCCUCGUUAACGAGUCUGAGAUCGCCCCCGGCGCCAACGGGCACGAGGUUUCCAGGCAGACCCAAGCGCAGGAUUCCUACCAUGAUAAAGGCAGAGAGCACCCUGAGGAAGGAAAGCAUCCAGACAGUGGCUUAUACAGCAAGGGACCAUCAUACUCUGGUUAUUCUGGGUAUAUCAUGAUGCCAAAUAUGAAUAACGACCCGUACAUGCCUAAUGGAUCUCUGUCGCCACCCAUCCCCAGAACAUCAAACAAGGUGCCAGUGGUACAGCCUUCUCAUGCGGUUCACCCUCUCACCCCUCUUAUCACCUACAGCGAUGAGCACUUUUCCCCAGGGUCACACCCAUCUCACAUCCCCUCCGACGUCAGCUCCAAACAAGGCAUGUCCAGGCAUCCUCCAGCUCCUGAUCUCCCUACCUUCUAUCCCUUGUCUCCAGGGGGGGUUGGACAGAUAACACCACCUCUUGGCUGGCAAGGUCAGCCUGUAUAUCCCAUCUCGAGUGGAUUCAGGCAGCCCUAUCCAUCCUCACUCUCAGUCGACCCUUCCAUGUCCAGGUUUUCACAUCACAUGAUUCCUGGUCCUCCGGGCCCUCACACAACUGGAAUCCCUCACCCAGCUAUUGUAACACCUCAAGUAAAACAAGAACAUCCGCACAACGACAGUGAGCUAAUGCAUGUGAAGCCUCAGCACGAACAGAGAAAAGAACAAGAGCCAAAAAGACCUCAUAUUAAGAAACCUCUGAAUGCUUUCAUGUUGUACAUGAAAGAAAUGAGAGCGAACGUCGUAGCAGAGUGUACUCUGAAAGAAAGCGCAGCUAUCAACCAGAUUCUUGGCAGAAGGUGGCAUGCUCUCUCCCGUGAAGAACAAGCGAAAUAUUAUGAACUAGCUCGUAAAGAAAGGCAGCUACACAUGCAGCUUUAUCCAGGCUGGUCCGCAAGAGACAACUAUGGGAAGAAAAAGAAGAGGAAGAGAGAAAAGUUGCAGGAAUCAGCAUCAGGUACAGGCCCCAGAAUGACAGCUGCCUACAUCUGAAGCAUGGUGGGAAAAGAAACGCUUUCUCAACUUGCAAAGCAAAGGCGGCGACACCAGGACCCCUUCUGGAGAUGGAAGCUUGUUAAACCCUAGGUGUGUCCUUCAUCCACACAGACCACCCCCAAGGAGUCUGUCCAGGAUGUCAUUCACCCUGAUGUCACUGCUAGAGACACUGAAUCAUAAAGACAAUCACUGCCAAAACCCUUCACUCUCACAAGGUCCAGCCCCAAUAUAAAUAGAAGAAAUGAGCUCCUGGGUCAGCAGAGCAGCUUUUGUCUUCACCUCUGCCUUGCACUCUUAAGCCCCCGUCUCAUCUGUGUCCAUAACAAGUCAGCAAACCAAGUAGUGUGGCUGUCUCUGCCUGCUCCAGCCACCCAAAUAACGUAGAGCACAGCUGCCCCAUACAGCACACCGAGGAAUGGAAUUCGCCUGGACCACGAUGACACACUCUACUUUCUUUUUAUUUAAUGGUGCGACAGGAUCAAUUUUGGUUUUAGCUUUUUUUUUUUUUUUUUAAGAAACUUGAAUGCUUUUAUAUUUUAACUUUUAGUUUGUAAUUUCUUUGGUGUAUAUUUUACUAGGUAUGAGCUUUUAAACAAGUGUUUUCAGAAAUCUGAAUACUUUUUAAAUAAAAGGUGUUUGUGGUUAUUUUCUCUUAUUUUUUAUUUCUGCCAGAGGAAAAACCUGUAUGGACAAAAGGUGGCUUUUUUGUUAAACUAUUUGUAACAAAUAGUGGCCUCUCAGUCUAUAUAAUACAGUGUCCUGUAGAACUAAAUCAAUGUAACAACAGUCAGCUGGUCAGUAGCCACAUCAGUCUUGCAUCAUCUACUCUGUAAACAUAAGCAAUACAUCCAGCAGAUCUGACUGCAGUGAGUUCUCCUUCUCACCCAUUCCCCUUCUCCUUGUAAAAAGCCCAGCACUUGAAUUAUUACUUCAAUUGUUCUGUAUUUGUAUCUGUUUUUGUUAGCCUGUUAGUGGGAUUUUAUGCCAGUUGUUGAAAUGAGCAUUGAUGUACCCAUUUUUUAAAAUAGUAAGGCACAGCCUUUGCCAAAAAUACUGUCAACCAAUUUUAUUUUUUUUUUUUUUGUCAUUCCAGUUUGAGUUAAUGUGCUGAGCAUUUGUUUUUUAAUAAAAGCUUUGUAAUAAAACUGAA